UUGUAAUUACUUUUUCGUAAUUUAUACCUAAGAUGUACUUUGUUAUGCUUCAAUGAUUAAGGUCAAAGAUGGUCGAACCUACGGAAACGGUUUCGUUUCCUAAGCAUGUCAAAUAAAAGUGAUCUAGGACUACCACUUUAAAUGUGGAACGGUUUGCUUCUUACUAGGUCGGACACAACGAUUUACAGGAAAUUUACAAAAAAAGAAAUUUAAGAAAUUUGAAAUGAAUAAUUUAACUACAUUUUCACGAGCUUCUCAAUGGCAAAAGCUUUCUAGCACUUUUUGGAAACAGCCAACAUGUGUCCGGAAUUUUCACGUAAACGAUAGACUAUGGAAAGAAAAAAAGAGUAAGAAAGUAUCUUCUGACAAAAUUAAGGAUUCUGAAGUGUACAGCGAUGUUUUGAAAAAGAUGGAAAGUGAAAUGUCUCAGGUUCAUAAGAAGUUGGAAGCGGGAUUUAAGGAAUUGGCUUUGUCUCCAAAUCAAGGAGUUUUUAAUCAACUAGAAAAGCUUUCUGUUUAUAUUGGGUCAUCUAAGAAAAAUUCUAAUGAGGGUCAAUUACUUCGCGAGGUGGCUUCCCUUACUAAAAAAAGUGCUCAACAGCUUAUUAUUCACCCUUACGAAGAAUCUUACAUGAAGCAUGUUCUUAAGUCAUUGGAUGAAUCAUCGCUCCCGAUAAAGGCAUCUAAGACAGAUUCAUCUACCAUCAUGGUUGUACCUCAGAAGACAACACAGGAAAGCAGACAACGGUUAGCAAAAGAAUUGGAGAAUCACGCUAAAAAGUCCAAAGAUACAGUUUCUGUUAUUAGGAAUGACGUGAAAAAGGCGAUUGCAAAGUACAAGAAGGACCGUACAUGGACAACAGAUGACUGUUACAAUGCUGAAAACCACAUGCAAGUAAUUUACAAGAAAUCUGUGUCAACACUUGAUACCAUUCUCAGCAACGUUUUGAAGAAAGUUUUGAAUCCAUAAAUUCUUUAGUUAAUGAAGCAGUUCUAGUCAUAUACAAGCUGGAAAUACUAAAAUUCACACAAAUUUUUUACCUAUUUUAUACGCCUAUGAAGGAAACGCUCGGACCAAUAAUGUGCAUAAUUUCUCGUGCAUACAAGUACUUUAUUUGGGAACAUAUUCUCCUCAUCCUUAUUGAAAUUUCCUUAACGCAACUAGCUGUAAUCUUUGUACGUAUUCGUUUAGAAGUCAUAGCUUGCAGAAUGCUUUGAAACUAACCAUAAGUUGUAAAACAUGUAAGCUCUGAUGAUAAGGACAAGUUUAUAAUCCACAUUGAGUAAAACUAUAGCUGAAGGAAACCGAAUAACAUACGGGUCUACGAAAGGCCCAAACAGUAAAACAUAUUAUAUGUAUAGAACUGUCGAUAUAAUCUUGGUUUCUUAAGUGCGAAAUAUUUGCAGUUGAGACUUAGGCGAUUUGUCUUUUACUCAACUGUCUUACCAGAAAGAACUUCUUUUCCAGUUUUCUUAAUAGUUUGCAAUACCGUAUCAUAUGGUUUGUCAGUAGUAACAUGAACUUCCUGAGCUUCCAAAGAGAUUUCCUUUUCAUCAACACCUAUGUAAAUUCAUUAGCAUUUAUUAUUUUAUAUACGGAACUAGUUUUUUUUUUUUUAUAUGAUCGCAUUUGGAUCACGAGUAGUGCCCACAACAGUCAAUUCAUUUGUUGAAAUCUCUGGAAAAAAAAAAAAAAAAGUAAUCUUACCUAAACGGUUUAAGACUCGGUCGAUGGCGUUCUUGCAUCCAUCGCAGGUCAUCACAACAUUAAAUGAGUACUUCAUGGUUUCUAAAUGUUAGUCUUUCGAAGCUGUCAACAAACGUACCAGUGCAAUUUUCAAUAUGAAAAAAAAGAAAAAGAAAAAGAAAAAGAAAUAGGUACAACACAGGUUCUCUAUAGUGCUCAAUAUGGACAAGAUUUUAAAAGUUCCCUUUAUAUGUAUUGUUUUGGACAAGUAUUACUGGGAAGUUUCAAAGUUCUGUUUACAGGUAAUGUUUCAGCACCAGGUCCAGUUAUUUUGAUUGUACAAGUUCCUAUUUUUUUCUUUUUGACUCAAAUUUUGAAUUUGCAUUUACUUUGAAGAUGCUUGAAGUUAUGUUAGACCUUGCAAAGUAAUCCAGCUCUCAUAAAAUCAAAACGAGUUUUCGUCCAUAAAAAUGAACAUAA